AGAGAGAAGACAGAGAAAGGGAGGACAGAGAAAAGAUAAGUACACUUUAAAGGUGAUUUUUUUAAAACUGAGAGGAGACUGAGAGAAGAGGUAAGAACGAAUUGUAACAAGACAGACUGACAAUCAAGCGCGCGCUGCACAAAACCACACAGACCGCGGCGCGAACCAGCGUUUCGGACUCCAUCAAGCGGGGGUAGCGUUUUCUGGGCCAGCCGUCAGUCGACAGAGCUAUAAAUAACAGUAGCGGCGGGCUGCUGUUGGGAGAUCGUAUCUGGUUACCUCAGGUGGCACGCGAGGACGCGGCCAGGUGUCGUCUGGACUAACAGUUGGGACGAAGAUGACACAACAGCAGCAGCAACAACAACAACAACAACAACAACAACAACAACAACAACAGGGUCGACCUCGUGUGCUGGUGGGCCUGCUCCCUCGCUCACUUGGGGUGACUUUCCUGGUUCUGAGUUUGCUGGUGCACAGUACUCACCAACGGCCGGGUUUCGGUGCUGUGAGUUCGAGGGGAGCGCUAUGGAUAGAUGGGACUUCGGAAACAGACAGUCCCAGCCCCAGACUCAAGAAGCUCCGCCUGCUCUCCAAACGCCUGGCAGGUAAUGGUCGACCUGACCCUGUACAGCAAGCACCACGGCAUGCAAGUGUUCAAGACAGACUACGAGCCGUUCUACAACGCCCUGUACAGUUUUGUCACACAGCUCCCCUCACAUCUCAGCCCCAGCGCCCCUCCCGAACUCUCCAGUAAAGUAGGCGUCCUCGCUCGCAUCCUGCCCCUUAAUGACCCUUCCUUCAGUAAAGGAGACGUGAAGACGUUAGGGAAAAAGUUCUUCAUUGUACACGACGUUCUCAACAAGCUGUUGGAGCUUGGCCCCAAUGAGGUGACGGAAGAUUCUUUGAGCUGGUUCUCCACCGAGUCAAGCACACUUCUUUUACAAAUGUUUUCAGUCAAACUUGCUCUGGCCGGUUUACAGCUGGGCGAAUCAUCCGACGUCUCGGUCAUAUCGGCGGGCAUUGGCGGUGUCAACCCUGGCGUGCAGCAUUCCAUCGGGUCCGCUACAAGGAGAAACAUUCGGGACCUCGGAAAGCUGAUCUCGGCAUUGAAAAGCUUAAUAAACUCUGGAAGUUGAGUUGAACACCUGCACCAA